ACCUUUCUGGAUGAGCCUCUGCCUGCGAGUCGCGACGUCCUCAAGUCGCACAAAAAUUUUCACUAAAAUUGAGCCGUAUUCCGCGAACAAAACGGAUUUCCGGACUUGACUGGGCAGCCUGAAGACACUAGAUGACUGACUCUAAUUGAAGUUCAUCUCUGGGGGUUCGCGCUGCACCGGUAUUAAUUAACAAAACUUUGAGGUCAUGGUCGCCACAAGGCAGUCUAGUGGUCACACAGGAAUAUCAGAUGGCCCCUCAACGUCGUCCAGUGAGGGCAAGUCAUCGAAAAAUGAGCCCCCGUUGGCUCCCACAGCUACUCUGUUUGACCUUCCACCAGAAAUCUUAGACAAAGUGUUUGGCUACUUCAAGUAUAAACAAAUCAGCCAGCUUAGAACUGUGUGCCGGAGCUUUGACGAAGUUAGCAGCCGCUUGUUGAAUACUGGCUUUGCCAGACUGCAGACCAAAAUGAUGCAGCGUUUCCAGAGUAUCAAGGCGCGAAUGCCAAGAAGAGAAUCGGCUCGCAGAAACCACCCUUUGGCAUGCGAAUCUGACAUUGUUGAAACCAUUCACAUGAGGCUGACGCUGCUGCAUAUGACUUUCGGCAAACACAUUGAACGCCGUCACUGCUGCUUUUUCCCUGGCGAAAUUUUGGACGAAGUGAAUCGUAUCCUGAAUUACAUCGAAGCAACUUCAAAACUCACGAGACCGUACAAAGUAACUGAUGAACUGUUUGAUCUUUCCACGAUGGCAAUGGAAUAUUUUAAAGACAAAAUUGAACCCACCCUGCCAGAAAUCUCUUACUUUGAUCCAGACUUCCUGGAAUUCACCAACAGUUAUCAUCAAGCUGGUAAUUCCUCAAAGUACACAAUCGAUUCACCAAAAGGUGAUGAGAGUCCUUCGCAUUGCUCGUCUGCCACCCCAACGACUCCUCCCACAUCCAGCCAAGCCCUUGCUUUGACCAGAACUGCCGUUGCCAUGAAGAAAAGGAUGAACAGAAUGAGAAUAACUCUGCAUAGGACCAAUACUCAAAUGACUGCAUUGAGACGAGAAGUCCGAAAUUUGAGGAACAGUAAUGCUGAGCAACGAGCCCAGCUAGCUGAAUGUAAAACUAGGAUUGACGAGUGUGAUAAAAAGAACGAAGAGAUGACAAGGAAAUUUGGCACAUUGUUGCAGGAACUGAACAAGUGCAAGACUGAAUUCCAGUACUGGCGCUCAAAAUCUCCAGCCAUCACUUGUGGCAGUUGCGGUCACAUUGUUCAUCCUGCGCACGAAGCAAUCCCUGGCCAACUGUGCCCAGUUGCUGGACCAAGCAACCAAGGAGAGGCAGCACAAGCUGCUGCUCCUGUUGAAGAGGCUGCAGCCGCAGUGCCCACCUCUUCUACAGCCACCGCAGAUGCUCCUCGUGCUAAACGGAAACGCGAAGCUAGUAGUUUAGACUCAAAAGACAGUCGAAAAAGCACCCGUGGCCGCAAGAAGUCUAAAUUUUAAUAAUAUGUUAAAAGAACUGAAAUUUUAUUCUUGGUGUAAUAAUGAGUGUAGGGUGGAUUUUAGAGCAAUACCUCUUAAUUAGUGGUGGUCUUACAAUAUUCGACAAAAUAUAAAACUGGCCAGGUAUUUUUUAUUAAACACUUCUAUUUCAAUCUUUUGACUUAAAAAAUUGUAAAUAGCCGAGAUAGAAAUUGCACGAAAAAUCUUUGUUUCACGCCUUUUUCAUAUCACGAAUCUCAGAAGUUAAAUUCAUUUAUCAUCAGAGGAUUUGAACUAAUUAUCUUAGAGAUGCCCUUGUAGAUCGCAAUGCUAUGAAUCUAUGCUUUCCUGUGUCACAUUUUCAAAUUGUAAACAAAUCAAUUCAAUUUAUCGCAAUUUAUAAUAUGUUAUGUGCCAAAAUUCUAAGUAUGAAUAAGGAUGAGAAACGAAAAAGAAACGGGCACUUAAUUUUAUUUUUUUUUUCAA